GAAGCGUUACGUUGCGUUCAUGAUACUAUUUAUUAAUCAUUUUGAAUCUCAUGCGGUUCACUUUAUUUCUUCAGAAAGUGUCAGUUUGCAAAAAAAACAAUCCUUUUUUUCCCACCCCCCUCGUUUUAUUAACAUUUAAUUUAAAAAGAAAAAUCAUCCUCUCCUACAUGAGAUUAAUUAUUAUUUCCCGUUAAUUGAACCGAAGACAAUAAUUUAUCAUUUCAAUGACCGCGUAUGAAUCUUUGUCAAUUUCGCCGGUUCCCAAAAAUAGUAGUUCGUGACGAAAAGUGAAAGUUUUUUUUUUUCGUCGAGACCAUCUUUUUUUCUGUUUCAAAAGAGUCUUUGAAAAAAUUUUUUUAUUUUUGAAAAGAGCUAAAAAUUUUGGAGCACAAAGAAAUUUUGCAUGAUCUAAAUGGAUUGAAGAUUUUCAACAAGUGAUUCACAACUUUCUCAAAAACGGAAAGGAAAAGUAAUUGUAAUUAUUAUAAUUACAUUAUUCUAAUUACAUUAUUAAAAUCAUGUAAUUAAAGUACAAGUGCAAUUAAAUGUGACAAAUUUACAAAUAGUUAUUAUUUUUGAAAUAUGGGGAAUCCCCUCGUGAAAUAAUUUUCUUAAAACUUGAGAGAAACAAAAAGUGAAAAAAAAAGAUUUAUAUAAAUGCUAAUUCAGUCAUUAACUGAAUGGAGAAUUUAUGAUUUGAGAAAAAUAGAGACAAUAAAAUACGGAAUUUAUUUUGUAAGAAUGUAUUUUAAAAAUAACGUUCUUAUUUGAAUUAUCUAAAUAUAAAUUGGUUUUUGGAUGUAGAAAAUGGCACUGGCCAAUUUCUCAUUACCUUAUGCAACCCCAACUCCAUUCUUAUAUUCAGGUAAUGAGGGACAGUCGGUCAUAAAUAAUUUACGAUUCAAUGCUGCUUUACCAUCCCAAUCUGUACCCCCAUUAGAUAAUGUCAGACAAUAUCGGAAUGAUCCUUACAGUCGAUACCAGCAAUCGUCUCAACAUCAUCAACAGCAGCAGCAACAGCAACAACAACAGCAACAACAACAACGUUUUCGAUAUCUUCCACAAUCUCGAGAACAAGAGACAUUUACAGGCACUUCAUCAAGAAAUUACUCACCUGAGAAUACAAGAUAUUCAGAGUAUGAUGAUAAUUAUAGAAAAUCUCAGGAACAGCAAGUUCAACGAAAGACACAACCAGUGAGUUAUUAUCAACAGCAACAAAAGCAGCAGGAUUCGCAAUAUCAGCAACAAAAUCGUCAAUAUCAGCAGCAGAAAAAUCAACAACUUUAUCGUAAUCAAGAAAAACAACGGAAUAACCAACAACAACAACAACAGCAACAGCAGAAGAAUCAGCAAGGUUAUCUUCCAGGACUGCAAGAAAAUCAACAACAGCAGCAGCAGCAGCAGCAGCAACAACAACAACAACAACAACAAAAUCAGCAGCAUUAUCAGCAUCAAGAGCAGCAGCAGUAUGGACAACAACAGCAGCAUCAACAACCACAACAACAGCAGCAGCAACAUCAUCAAAAUCAUUAUCAACAACAGGAUCAAUAUCGACAGCAUCAAGAGAGACAGCAAAUUAAUCUUCAACAAAGAAUUUCCUUUCAAUCUGCGAAGGAUCAAGUGACAAAUUCUAGUGAUACAUCUCAGGACUAUCCCGAAAGACCGAAUGGGUACACUAGGGUGAAUAGUGGAUCUUUUACCGGUUCAGGUGCAAAAACGUCGGUUCAUGCAGUUCUUGACUACGAUGAUGAUGAUUUUGAUGAUUAUUAUGAUGAUGAGAAUCACGAAAUUCCAAGUAACGCACACGUGACGCCAAUUCAAGGACCGAUUUUUUUAAAAAAUGGCUCAGUACCUGUCGUUCCACUUUAUUCAUAUCCACAAUUAAAUAAUGGAACUUUAGUACAAAUACCAAUAUUGUGGACGGCACUUUCGGUAGCAUUGGGAGUGGAACUUAGAGGUGAUUUAAUAAAAGGGGCGCCGUGCAUUAAAAAGAAUCAUCAACUUUUUUGUCCUACUGCUGGUAAUACCUAUCCCAUCGAGAGAAUAGAACAAUUUAUAGAUGAAAAUAAAGCUCUGAUGAAGAGGAUGUACGGUGAUUUUGAAAUGAAUGAAUUUUCACCGCCGAAAAAGGAUAAAAAAAGUCGUAGAAAAAGAAGUUCAUUAAAUCAUGAUAUACCUGAUGGAGGGCCACAAUUUCAUGAUGACAUUAAAGAUAAGAAUCAUGAUGGAUCCGGUGAUUCAUAUUUCAGCAAUAUUAGAAGCUCCAGACAAUCACUUGGAAAGACACAUGCAGUCAAUGAGAGUGGACGCGUUGAUGCAUGCGAGUCGAGAGUAGAGAUUGUCACUCCUUAUUGGUCAACAAAUAGUGCAGGAAAGGUUCGUGCAAUUGUGAACACUCAACAUUUCGAACAAGCAAUUCAUCAGGAAGUAUGCUCUAAAUCUCAAACUGGAAGAUGCACCGGCGAUUGUGGAUGUGAACAAAAAUACAAAUGGCACAGAUUGUUGGCCUAUGAUCCCGAUAAUGAUUGUAAAGGAAUCUUUAUGGAUUGGUUCCUCUAUCCAAGCUGCUGUGUUUGUAGGUGUGAUCCUGACGCCAAAUUUCCAUCAACAUCGACAACGACAAGUCGAAAUUAAAUUUUAAAAAUCUACUUCGAAAAUUUUUCCCAAAAAAAAAAAUUUCCUUCAAAAUGUGUAUUUAAACUUUUUUUUUCAUAAAACAAUCUACUGUUAAAUCAAAUCUACAAUAUUAUAUUAAUUUUAUGAAAAUUGUGCAGAAUUUCUAAUUUACCGAUUUUCUUCAGUGAUCAUCAAUUUCUCAAUAAUUUACACAUUUGUGUAAACAUUUUACCAUACCUAGUAUUAAAAGUAGUGGCGCUACUUGUCCUCCGACAUGGCCUUAAGACUCUAAGAAAUGAAACUUGCUCAUAAGUUUAAAUAUUGUCAAAUAUAAAUUUUAUAUAAUAAACAUAUUCGAAAUUGUAAAUUAUAACUCAAUAUUAUCUCUAAGUAUGUUAAAUAAAAAAAAUUUUUUUUCUUCUA